AUGAGAGUUCACCGAGACCUCAGCUGGUUGGCGGAGGCCACCGGACGCCCAGGGCGGCGGGCGAGGAGCGGGAUGCUGGACGCCAUGGAGGUGCCGAGCCACUCGCGGCAGCUGCUGCUGCAGCUGAACACGCAGCGCACCAAGGGCUUCCUGUGCGACGUGAUCAUCGUGGUGCAGAACGCGCUUUUCCGAGCGCACAAGAACAUCCUGGCCGCCAGCAGCGCCUACCUCAAGUCGCUGGUGGUCCACGACAACCUGCUCAACCUGGACCAUGAGAUGGUGAGCCCCGGCAUCUUCCGCCUCAUCCUCGACUUCAUCUACACCGGCCGCCUGGCCGAGUGCGAGCCGGGCAGCGAGCAGAGCCUGGGUGCUGUGCUGGCUGCCGCCAGCUACCUCCAGAUCCCCGGCUUGGUGGCCCUUUGCAAGAAGAAGCUGAAGCGCAGCGGCAAGUACUGCCACCUGCGCGGGGGCUACGCACCCUACAAGCUGGGCCGUGGGCUGCGGGCCGCCACGCCGGUCAUCCAGGCUUGCUACUCGGGGACACCACGGCCCGUGGACCUGCCGCCCGUGGAGCCGGCGGCACCGCUCAACACGCAGUGUGGGGAGCUGUACGCCUCGGCCGCCCAGGGCGCCCCGCUGCACCCCCACGGGCUGUGCCCGCCCGAGCGCCACUGCUCGCCGCCCUGCGGCCUCGACCUCUCCAAGAAGAGCCCCACCGGCCCCUCCGCCCAGCUCCUGCCCACCGACCGCCUGCUGCCCAGCGAGCCCCGCGAGCCCUCGCUGCCCCCACGGCACGACAGCCCCCCGGUCAGCGCCGGCCUGCUGGGCAGCCACGCCGCUGCCUACAAGGACUCCCCGCCGGGCGGAGAGCCGGGGGGACACCCCCACGCCCCCGACCCCUUCCGCAGCACGCCACCCUGCGCCGAACCCCCGCUGCCCCGCGCUGACGGGCGAGAGCUCAUGUACCGCUGGAUGAAGCACGAGCCCCUGGGCCCCUACCUGGACGAGGGGGAGGCAGAGAAGGACCUGGAGCGGGAGGAGAAGGCGGAAUCGCCGCCUGCGGCGCCGCAGCCCCGCUACCCCAGCGUGGAGAGCAACGACCUGGAGCCUGAUAACAGCACGAGUGAGGAGACGGGCAGCAGCGAGGGCCCCUCGCCCGGCGACGCGCUGGACCGCUACUGCAACCACCUGGGCUACGAGCCGGAGAGCCUGGGCGACAACCUGUACGUGUGCAUCCCCUGUGGCAAGGGCUUCCCCAGCUCCGAGCAGCUCAACGCCCACGUGGAGGCCCACAACGAAGAGGAGCUCUAUCACAAGGCGGCGGCCGAGCAGGCCGUGCCCUUCCUGGACAAAGGUGGCCCAGGGCUGGGUGACAUCUUGCGGCCUUACCGCUGCUCCUCCUGCGACAAGUCCUACAAGGACCCGGCCACGCUGCGGCAGCACGAGAAGACGCACUGGCUGACGCGCCCCUACCCCUGCACCAUCUGCGGCAAGAAGUUCACGCAGCGUGGCACCAUGACCCGCCACAUGCGCAGCCACCUCGGCCUGAAGCCCUUUGCCUGCGACGCCUGCGGGAUGCGCUUCACCCGCCAGUACCGCCUGACCGAGCACAUGCGCAUCCACUCAGGCGAGAAGCCCUACGAGUGCCAGGUGUGCGGCGGGAAGUUCGCCCAGCAGCGCAACCUCAUCAGCCACAUGAAGAUGCACGCGGCCGGCCCCGAUGGCAAAGCCAAGCUGGACUUCCCGGACAGCGUCUAUGCCAUGGCCCGUCUCACCGCUGACCAGCUGGGGCUCAAGCAGGAGAAGGCGGCCGAGCUGCUCUCCCACACCUCGCACUUCCUCAGCGACCCCAAGGCCAUGGAGAGCCUCUACCCCCUGGCCAAGUUCACGGCUGAGCACCUGGGGCUGAGCCAGGACAAGGCGGCCGAGGUGCUGGCGCAGGCUCCGCACCUCCACGCCGAGGCCGCCCGGACCAUAGAGCGAUACUCGCCCCCCUAG